GGGGAGUAGAGUGGUGCAGAAGUGCCCCUUCUCCAGGUCCAAGGAGCUGGGGUAGGGGCAGGAGGGAGGCCAUUUCUUGAAUUGAACCCCAGGCCCCUGCCUGAACACCUGGAGUGGAAACAAGAAGGAUUCUGGGAGCACAAGAGAAGGACAGAUGGACCGUGGUAACAAGAGUGGGGAAGAGUCAAAGGAGCCAGGCUGGGCCAGUGGGAUGAGGACUGUCCAGAGCCAGGAGAGCUCACCAGAAGAGCUGCCCAUGGAAUGGAGCAGACAGUGGGUGGUGGUGCGGCGAGUGCUGCUGGCUGUCCUGCUCUUUGGCCUGGUCAGUGGUAAUUCUGUGCUUUUGGUCUACAUCUUCAGGAACUGUGGCCCUGGCCCCUGCUAUUCGCCUGCAUGUUUGGACCUCUUGGCCCAUUAUCUGGCCUCUGGGAAUACCAGCAUGGCCCCUUGCACCAACUUCUUCAGUUUCACCUGUGGAAAGGCUAAAGGGAUCCAACCUCUUGAGGAUGAGAACAAAAGCCGACUUCGAAGAAUACUGGAGUCACCAGUUUCCUGGCACCUAGGCUCUGGGGAAGAGAAAGCCUUCCAAUUCUAUAAUUCCUGCAUGAAUACACACGCUAUUGAAGCUGCUGGGGCUAGUCCCCUCAGACAAGUUAUUGAAGAGCUCGGAGGCUGGCGAAUAUCUGGUAAUUGGACCUCCUUAGACUUUAACCGAACACUGAGGCUUCUGAUGAGUCAGUAUGGCUACUUCCCAUUCUUCAGAGCCUAUCUUGGACCUCUUCCUGUCCCUCCAUACACUACUGCCAUCCAGAUAGACCAGCCAGAGUUUGACGUUCCCCUCAAGCAAGAGCAGGAACAGAAAAUCUAUGCCCAGAUUGUUCGAGAAUACCUGACUUACCUGAAUCGGCUGGGGACCCUGCUGGGAGGAGACCCAGGCAAGGUGCAAGAACAUGCCUCCUUGUCCAUCUCUAUCACCUCACGGCUGUUCCAGUUUCUGAGGCCCCUGGAGCAGCGGCGGGCACAGGGCAAGCUCUUCCAGAUGGUCACUAUUGAUCGACUGCAGGAAAUGGCCCCUGCCAUCGACUGGUUGUCUUGUUUGCAAGCGAUAUUCGCACCGAUAUCCCUGAGCUCCUCCCAGUCUCUCGUGGUCCACGACCUGGAGUAUUUGAGAAACAUGUCACAGCUGGUAGAAGGCCUGCUUCUGAAGCACAGUGACUUUCUGCAGAGUCAUAUGAUCUUGGGGCUGGUGGGGACCCUUUCGCCGGCCCUGGACAGUAAAUUUCAGGAGGCACGCAGAAUACUGAGGCAGAAACUGCGGGAGCUGACGGAGCGACCACCCAUGCCAGCUCACCCUCGAUGGAUGCAGUGCGUGGAGGAGACAGGAGCCUUCUUCAAGCCUACCCUGGCGGCCUUGUUUGUUCAUGAAGCCUUUGACCCGAACACCAGAAGUGCUGCCAUGGAACUAUUCACUGCCGUCAAGGAUGCCCUCAUCUCUCGCUUGCAAAGAGUUUCCUGGCUAAAUGAAGAGACCCGGAAAGAGGCCCAGGACAGGGUCACCCACCUGCAGGUGAAGAUGGGGCCUCUAGAAUGGGUCCUAAAGCCAGAACCAGCCAGACAACAAUACGGAGAUAUACAACUUGGACCCAGCUUCCUGCAGUCCUUCCUGAGCUGUGCCCGAUCCCUCCGAGCCAGAAAUGUCCAGAGAUUUUUGCUGCCUUUUCCCCACCUCAGGUGGCAGGUGUCGCCCUGGGAGGUCAAUGCUUACUAUUCAAUUUCUGACGAUGUGAUGGUCUUCCCAGCUGGACUCUUCCAACCCCCAUUCUUCCAUCCUGACUACCCAAGAGCCGUGAACUUUGGCGCUGCUGGCAGCAUCAUGGCCCGUGAGCUGGCGCACCUCUUCCACCAGCUCUUACUCCCUGGGGGCUGCCCAGCCUGUGACACUCAUGCCCUACAGGGGGCACUCCUGUGCCUGGAACGCCAUUAUGCUGCUUUCCCAUUACCCAAUGGAUCGUCCUUCAGUGACUCCCACACACUCCUAGAGAAUGCUGCAGAUGUGGGGGGGCUGGCCAUCGCACUAAAGGCAUACACCAAGAGGCUAUUACGGUACCAUGGGGAAACCACCCUACCCAACAUGAACCUCAGCCCUCAGCAACUCUUCUUCCGAAGCUAUGCCCAGGUAGGAAGCUGCCACCUCCCACCACAUCUUGCUUCAUAUCAGGUGAUGUGUAAGGGCCUUAGCUCCCAGGACUCUCAGGACGCCCACAGCCCCCCGAUCCUGCGAGUCCACGGUCCCCUCAGCAACAGCCCAGCCUUUUCCAGGCACUUCCACUGCCCACGUGGUGCCCUCUUGAACCCCUCCAGCCACUGCCAAGUCUGGUAACCCAAGACAUCGCCAUCGAGUUCAUCAACAUCCAGGGAACUGGGGCAAUAUCUCCUCUGCCAUUUCUUCCCAAAAUUAAAAGCCAGCACUUGGCUUCCUCCUGUCUCUUAAUGAUUGUCUCCUGCUAUGUCCUAUGCCUAGAAGUC